AUGACGGGCCAUGGCCAAGAACGUGAGCACGGAUGGGCUGGGACGGGCUGCCAUGGAUCGGCUGGGAUCAAAUCGCGCUGCGUUGAGGCGUUUGCACCUCCCAUGGAUGUGGCUGUGGAUACGGCAGCUGACCCACCGCUCGACGUCAGCAGGAGCAGCAGCAAAACGGCCAGGACAAGGAGGCCGCCCCUCGUGGAUCGACGUCAUCCGAACAGGAUCUGUUCGCUGGCCACGCUCGCCUUGCUCAUGUGCCAAUUAUAUAUGGCUUUCGGCGGCAUCGGUGGCGAUGGGGCCUUUGGGGGCGUCUCGGCUGCCCCAUCUCUGAGUACCGCCGUUACCAUGGCCCCGCUGAAGCAUCUGCAAAAACGCUCGGGUGUGAACUUCAAGGCGACCUUCCAGCAGCUGCUGAACGCCAGCAGUACGCACCUGGACUGGGAGAACACCUGCAACAGCAAGCCAACGGGCCUGGUUGAGAAGCGCAACAAGACGAAGCGCUGCAAGAAGCGGCACAUGAUCCUGCAGAAGUUGCAGCGGCAAACGGGCCGCGAAUUGAGGGGCCUUCAGGUCGAGGACAGCCAAAGGACCCCGGUCGAGAAUAUGAACACGUUGGCCAGGAAGAACAUAAGCGCCCUCAACAUACGCAAAAUGAAGAGGUAUCAGUUCCACAUGCGCAACUACACAACGUUUUUGCCCCGGCUGAGCAACAGCAGUAAUCAGCUGAACCUGCGCCACGUGCACCGCGACCUGCAGCACUUCGUGGGCACCUUCACCUACCUGCGCAACGCCAAGAUGCACUGGGACGUGGUCAACCUGCAGGCGCGGAGCGUGCUGGCCGACGAGCUGGGGCGGCUGCGCAAGUCGGCGAGGGACAUGCUCUGCAGCGUGGAGGACGUGAUCAACCUGACCAACCUGCUGUACGCCCCCAAUCCGCGCAAGAAGCUGCGCCACCAGAAGCGGCGGCGGCAGGCCCAGCCGGUGGUGACCUUCAGGAUCCAGCCGCGAGCCGUGAUGGAGAAGUGGCUGAAUCAGUUCAAGUCCAAUCCCGUCGAGCUCAACCAGCAGGCGACCUUGGCCGCCCGCGGCGUGGACGUACCGCCGCCGGCCGACUCCACGGAUCUGGCCAACGAUGCGCUGUUCGCCAAAUUCAAGUUCGUGCAGUACAUGAAGAGCAUCCGCGUGAUUCUCAGCCGUCAGCGGCAGCGGAAGGGUUGCAGGGUGAGCCCCACCCCCAAGGCGGUGACCCCAAGGAGCCAGAUCGAAAGCUAAAGGAGAGAAAAAAACUCAAAACCGGUGAAACCUCCAUUCCAGAAAACGAGGCUCAUUCCAUGAAGACAUCCUUAAUUUAUUAAACAUUCUAUAUUUAUUACUCACGCCACCAUACCUCUCACGACGAAUCACGAGGAAUCCCCGACAAUCCCUAGGCUAUGAAUGAAAACCGAAUAAGUAAUGAGAACAACCAAACUAAAACCGAAUGAAGAUACCCAGUUUUCUCGAUAUCUCAAGACGAAUGUAAUUCUUUUUUUUUUUGACCCUAUAAUAAGUAAGUUCUAUUGUAUUAUUUAUAUAUACUAUAUGUCGUCAACUCGCCAACAAUCUGCCGCACAUUCCGCUAGAUACUAAGUGUACUAAGAUAUACUUUGCCUUGUAUUACGAUGCUGUGAUAGUAGAUGAUUAAAGUGAAAACACAACGCUCCACGAUGGCCCAUAAGAGCUAUGAAAGAUAUCUCCCCCGAUUAUAUACACGGAUAUACCUAUACCU